CGAUCCCGCGGUCCACGAGCGGCGUUCGCGCGGAAAUUUCGCGGGGUAUUUCCCUGCCGAGAAAGCGACAGGUGUCAGCUCCGAUCGGCGCCGCGAGAGAAAGAUCACGCCUGGCGUGGAAACAAGCCGCGUGACGACCGUCCGCGUGGAAAGUGAGCAAAGGGGAGGACGUACGCGCCUAAAUCAGUCACGUGAUGCGUCAACACUUCAUCCACCAUGAGCCAGGCCACACGACCGAUGUGCUGGAUGGCUUUUGGAUGAGUUACUCAAAGAUAGAGGCCAACGAUGGAGAGGCAGUGAACAGGUACUGGCUGGGCAUUGACAAACAUUCUGCAAGCAUCAUCUCCUCCAAAUCCACCGAAGAGGAUGUCUCAAGUUGGAAGGCUGGCGCUAGUGAGGAAAUGUCCACAAGCAGUCAGAACACUGAGCUCUUGCAUCGCUCUUUCUCACCAGAAGAGGGCAACAAAAGCAUAUUACCUGAAGAAAACAUCAGUCAAGAGGAGUUUGAUGCAAAAUACCAACAGUUGGAAGAGCUUGGAAAAGGUGGCUUUGGAUUUGUGUUCGCAGGCCACAGAAAGUCUGACUCUUUGCCGGUGGCAAUCAAACAUAUUCCUAAUAUCAGUGUGGAGGAUGAAUUACAGAAAUAUGAAACCCCUUUAGAAGUUGCUCUUAUGCAGAAAGCAGCAGGCGGGCCUGAAGCAAUCGGAAAAUCAGCCGCUGUCUCGCUUCUGGACUGGUAUUAUCUGGACAAAGAGCUAAUCCUCGUCAUGGAAAGACCAGUCCCAUCUAUGGAGCUUUCAGAUUACCUCAUAUCCCGCGGAGGCUCUAUGGACGAAAGCGAGGCUAAGAUCCUUCAAAAGCAGUUGGUUGAUGCAGCCAUUGACCUGCACACUAAAGGUGUGUUUCACCAGGACAUCAAAUGUACAAAUGUCCUGGUGGAGUAUGGUUCUGGUGACCCGCAUAUAAGAAUCAUUGACUUUGGCUGUGGGAGUUUUUUACAAAGAAAACCCUUCUGGAAAUUUCGAGGUACCCUCGAACUAGCACCCCCAGAGUGGCACAUACGCAAAAAAUUCAAAGCUGGUCCCACAACAGUAUGGCAACUGGGAGCACUACUGUAUCGCCUACUGCAUGGCAACAUGUUCCAUACCAUGGCCUUCGUUAGCAGCAGAAUAGGCCUCAGCACCGAACUUUCGCAAGAAUGUCUUGACUUCUUGCAGCUUUGUCUCGCUGUACGGCCCAAACAGCGUGCCACCCUCCAGCAGAUGAAACACCACCCCUGGCUCAACACAUAACACUUGUACCUCACAUCGUCACAAAACCUAGACUACAACUUCAAAGGCUGACUCUUAACCUUGUGACCUACAGGCUGCCAUAUUAGUCCACCCACUUCCCAUGUUACGUUAACCAAUGUAUUACCAUGCCUGUGAAUGCUGUGUCUGGGUUUCUUCAUGCGUGUCAGAUCCCGUGGAGCCUGUUUGAGCAUGAUAGAGUUGUGUUUCGUUCAGACUCACCUCACAUUUCGGUACCAUCCCAAUGAUGACCACCAGCACAGUCACACUACCUCAAAGUCACUGAGUUCAGUCUCUGACAGCACCACAUUGGUAAGUGACGAUCGCAUACUUUCCCAUGCACAGUUGUACUCAAUAUUAUUCAACCCUAAUUUCCAAAUUCCGUCGCAAAGUUCAGAAACUUGUAGUAGUUUAUGUAAAAAUUUUCAUUUUGGAAUAAGGCUGUAACACAACAAAAUGUGGAGAAGGUCUAAAGUGAUCCCCUUCCAAAACAUAACUUUGUACUUGGUAAAAACUUUGUUGGCGUGUUUAUUGUACUAUAGUCGUGGCACACAUCUCAGGAAGGAUUUUUGCCCAGCCCUACAGUACAGACACUCCCCAUCCAAGUCCUGAAGGUUCAGAGACUGUUACUUCGCAUUUCGGAAGUUUCAGGAAAUCCUUCAUUCCUUUGUCAUUGCACUUCAAAAGUCAAAGAUAGCUCCCGUUGACAAAAAUUUAAUUAUUUUAUAAGGACAUGCUCUUUAGUACCGCAAUACCACUAGGUAAUGUGGUGCUCUAUACUCUCGGCAGGGUCCUUGAGGGUGCAUGGGAGUUUGCCCAACCAGUCUACAUGUGCUUUGUGGACUUGGAGAAGGCAUUCGACCGUGUCCCUCGGGAAGUCCUGUGGGGAGUGCUCAGAGAGUAUGGGGUAUCGGACUGACUGAUUUUGGCGGUCCGCUCCCUGUAUGAUCAGUGUCAGGGCUUGGUCCGCAUUGCCGGCAGUAAGUCGGACACGUUUCCAGUGAGGGUUGGACUCCGCCAAGGCUGCCCUUUGUCACCCAUUCUGUUCAUAACUUUUAUGGACAGAAUUUCUAGGCGCAGUCAAGGCGUUGAGGGGAUCCGG